UCGCUUUUUGAAUUCUCGCUUUAUCCAUCACGUAAUCACAUCAUCAUUACCAUCAUUACCAUCACAUAGCAAGAUGGACGGGUAAAUGUACUUUAGCAAAGCAAUUAUAAAGCAACAAUCCCACGACAUACCAUCGGAUGUAACUAAAACAUCUACAAGGUACACGACAAUCGUCAAGAAUCACUUAACUCACUGACGUCGUUGAUUGAAAGAAAGCACGAUGUCAAUAAAAAUAUGACGUAGAUAAUUGGUAAGGAGUCUUUACUCCGCCAGCACAAUCGAUCAAUCAACCACAAUUCUCCCCGCAUUUAACAUUUCCAUAUAUACUUCCCAUUUCCUCAUAUCUAUUUUCCAUUUCCCAUACAUAAUACACAUCAAGUCAAUCAUUCCUACACCGUCAAUUGGAAUCACUUAACUCUACUCGAUAUGGCAUUUACUCAAGCAGCAGCUCUCCUAGAGAAAGUCGUCGGUCAUGAUUCCAAUGCGACCACUGAGCAAGAUGUGACGAAUCCCGCUCGCGAUCGUCAAAAGUAUGCGGAUCCAAGUGGCGAGACUAUGAAAGCUUUAUGUUGGAUGGGGAAAAAUACUGUCAAGAUACGUAUGUUAUAUCUAACUUGAUUACCAUUACUUCUAUAUCGCAUGUCUAAUGCAUCCUUUCUAUGAAUAUUUAGAGGAGGUACCAAAACCGAGAGUCAUUGAGGAUAGAGAUGUGAUUCUUAAAGUUACGGGAAGUACAGUGUGUGGUAGUGAUCUCCAUUUACUUCAUGGCUCUAUCGUAGAGCUAGAGAAGGGAGAUAUUCUCGGUCAUGAGUUUUGUGGCGAGGUGGAAUCUUUUGGACCGAGUGUCAAGAAUUUGAACCAAGGUGAUCGUGUGGUUGCUAGUUUCCAGAUUGCUUGUGGGGAGUGUUACUAUUGUCAGAAGAAACAAUCGUCGCAAUGUGAAAAGACGAAUAGUAAUACGCUCGCUAAUGGAAUGGUAAGUUUCUAUCUUAUCAUCGAAAUAAAUAUCAAGUGCUAAUGUUGUCAUGAUAGUAUGGAGCGAGAACGGCGGGAAUGUUUGGGUAUUCUCAUUUCACGGGUGGAUUUGCAGGUGGUCAGGCAGAAUAUGUCAGAGUUCCAUACGGGGAUGUAAAUCUUCUUAAACUUCCACCAACUAUUCCAGACGAGAAGGGUCUGUACCUAUCUGAUGUCCUUUCAACAUCUUGGAACUGUGUCGUCGACACUGGAGUCGAAAACGGAGAUGUAGUUGCUAUUUGGGGCGCCGGUAAGAAUUUCGCAACGUAACAAAACCCAUCAUUCCUUCACUCUAACAAUAUUUAUUAGGCCCAGUCGGACAAAUGUGCGCCGAAUUCGCUUUUAUAAACGGUGCAUCACGCGUCAUCCUAAUCGACAGCAACUGGAGAUUAGACUACGUCAAGAGUAAAAUCCCCAAGGUCGAAACCCUCGACUACACCAAACUCCCACGAGGAACAUCUGUGACCAGCAAACUCAGAGAGAUGGUCCCACGCGGUCCCGACGUAGCCCUCGAAUGCGUAGCAGGCGAAUACGCAAAAGGCUGGGCACACUACUUUGAGAUCCUCCUGGGGAUGGAAACCGACACUUCAGAAAUAAUCAACGAGAUGAUCACCUCUGUUAAAAAUUUCGGUCGCUGCGGCAUCACAGGUGUUUACGUAGGAUAUACUAACCAUUUCAACAUUGGCAGUUUAAUGGAGCGCGGAAUUCGACUUAUUGGGAAUGGACAAGCGCCCGUCCAUAUGUAUUGGGAGAAACUUUUGAAAAUGAUUGAGAAAGAGGAAUUUGAUCCGUUGCAGAUGGUUUCGCAUCGGGUUUUGUUGGAUGAGCUUGAUGAUGUUUAUUAUAAGUUUGAGAAAAAGGAGGAUGGGAUGCAGAAGGUUUUUGUGCAGACGAGGUUUUCGGCUCCGCCGGCCCCCGGGAGUCCGGGUUUGACGAUUUAUAGGAAGUGAGGGGGGUGUGGGUGAGUGGAUGGGUGGGUGGGGAGAGGGAGGGAGGGCGGUGGAUCGAUGACGGAAGGGAUAAGAUAG